GACCCUAGCCAAUCGAAAGGACAAACUCUCACUCCAAGGGCAAUGUACGUCCAUACCGUAGACGGUGACGAGGGCAUUGCCGUCGACGGAGGUGAAUAAAAUGAGAAAGGCACCUUUGACCUUGGCGCAAGGGCCGAGGCAGAUGUCACUACGGAAGGGGUCGAGAGGGAGAAGAAGUGGAGUGGAUGCCAGGGUGCCGUCGCCAGAGCAUUGGAGGAGGAGAACGGAGCAAUUGAGCUGGUAUGUUGAUAUUACCCUUUUACCCUUAUCCGUGGAGGGUGUGCUUGGCCGCGUGAUAGAUUUGAACAGAAAGACGGAUGAAAAUUCGGAAAUCCAACGGCGGGUGGUGAUCGACUAUAAUAAGUUGGGGGAAAAAGUAAGGUUUGGGUAGUAGGAAUCAAGUGGUGCGGUAGGGAAAACCAUCACAGCAAAGGGAGCAGGGUAUGGCGUCGUCCUCUUCUUCUUCAUCAGCUGCUUUCUCAAGACUCUCUAAUCUCCGUAAACACCUCCAUCCCUCGCAUUUCGACAAGAGUCAGAGUUUUGUUCCUUCCUUUUCUUCCUUAAGGGUGGCGUCGGAUCUAUCAAGAUUUCUCCAGAGGUUUCUGACGCUUUGUCCAAUGGCCGUGCUGUUGUCGCUCUUGAAUCUACCAUUAUUUCCCAUGGGAUGCCUUAUCCUAAGAACUUGGAAACAGCAAAGGAGGUUGAGGCAGUUGUGAGGGACAAUGGAGCUGUUCCUGCCACUGUUGCCAUUUUGGAUGGCGUACCUUGCAUAGGUCUGAGUAUGGAAGAAUUGGAGAAGCUUGCCAAUCUGGGUCAUAAAGUUCAGAAGACAGCUCGAAGGGAUAUUGCACAUGUUGUGGCAACCAGAGGGAAUGGAGCAACUACUGUUUCUGCAACCAUGUUUUUUGCUUCCAUGGUUGGCAUCCCAUUGUUUGUUACUGGAGGAAUUGGAGGAGUACAUAGACAUGGCGAGCAUACAAUGGACAUAUCUUCUGAUCUUACUGAGCUUGGAAGGACACCAGUAGCUGUCAUCUCUGCUGGUGUAAAAUCAAUAUUGGAUAUCCCAAGGACCCUUGAAUAUUUGGAGACUCAGGGAGUUUGCGUUGCUGCUUAUAGGACCAACGAAUUUCCAGCAUUUUUUACAGAAACGAGUGGUUGUAAGGUGCCUUGCCGUGUAGAUACCCCAGAAGACUGUGCUCAGCUUAUAGAUGCAAAUCUGAAACUUGAGCUUGGAGGUGGGAUUUUGAUUGCUGUUCCAAUUCCUAAAGAGCACUCAGCUUCUGGAAGUUUAAUUGAGUCUGCAAUACAGAGAGCCCUUGACGAAGCUAGGGAUAAGAACAUAAUAGGAAAUGAUGCAACUCCAUUCUUGCUCAAGAGAGUGAAUGAGCUAACGGGAGGAGCUUCAUUGGCUUCGAACAUUGCACUGGUGAAGAACAAUGCACUUGUUGGAGCUAAAGUUGCUGUAGCACUUGCGAAGACUAGAGAACGCAAAAAUAAAGGUGGUGCAGAGUCGGCGUUAUAGGGCUCAAAAUAUUUUCAACGGGAUCUGGAAACCGAUCAUUAUGACCAGUUGAGUUAAUCUUCCUUCAUGGCGAUUCGUUUAUUACUUUCACUAUGUGAUGAUAAAUGUGGCAAUGUUGAAAAGGCCAAGCAGCGAGUUUCUAGUGUACAUUACUGCCAUAGUACUUACGUAAGCUUUAAUGUCAGUAUUUACACAAUACAGCACCUUCCUACUACCGAAAAACAAGAACAAAAUAAAACUAAAACAAUUUAUUUUUGCAAACGAUAAAAUAAUCUAUACACUAAAUUCAUUUAUGGUUAA